AACCCCACCUCUCCUAUAAAAAUUCUUUCAAGGGCAUAGACUCAAAGUUUCUUCAGCCUCAUCUGAGAAAGCAAACAGGGAACUCUUAUACCUUUAGCAAAGGCCUGUUUGGUUGGGUGCAUAAACAAGGAAAACUUAGCAAAGUGAAGAGAGAAAGUGAAAGGGAAAGGGAAAGGGGAAGGAAAGGAGAGAAAGAUUUUUCUUUCUUGUGUGUGUGAGUGGGGGGGGACUUCUUUUUGAAGGAGAGGCAUAUGAAACUGAAGGGUUUGUUUUUUGCAGCUCAUAUCAGUGCAACAAAUGAUGGCAGGAAACUCUAGUUGGUGGAGCAUGCAUCCACCUUCUCAACAAUCUUCUGCUUUGUUAACUCCAUCCCCUUCCUUCUUCCCUCCUCAAUAUGUUCUCGGAUCUUCUACUCUUCCUCCUAAUUCUUUGGCUGAUAACCAAGAGCUUCCACAGUCAUGGAGCCAACUACUCUUGGGUGGAUUAUCCGGCGAAGAAGAAAGGUUUGGUCCAAGUCAUUUUCAGACAAAAAAGUUAGAAAAUUGGGAAAACCAAAUCCUAAAUCCGUCUCCGAGGGUUCCAGUUGUUGACGUAAAGCAAGAGGUUACUCAAAAUAGCAACUUGUACGGUCAUGGUGAUGAAGAAUUUCAAGCAUCUAAGCCGCCUGCUGCUGUUGCUGCUUGGUCCCAUAUCAUGCCAGUUUCUUCUCCUAGGUCUUGUAUUACUAGUUUAAGUAGUAGUAAUAUAUUAGACUUCUCUUAUAACAAGGCGGCAGAUGGGACUAAUACUCAACCCCUAGAUCAUUCUUCUGAGUGUAAUAGCACGGCCACAGGUGGGGUGUGCAAGAAGGCUAGGGUUCAGCCGUCUUCAAGCCAACCACCUCUAAAGGUGAGAAAAGAGAAGCUAGGAGAUAGGGUAACAACACUUCACCAGUUAGUUUCCCCAUUUGGAAAGACUGACACUGCUUCUGUUUUGUUAGAAGCUAUUGGGUAUAUCAGAUUCCUUCAGGGUCAAAUUGAGGCGCUUAGCUCCCCUUACUUGGGCACUGCAUCCACAAACAUGAGAAACCAACAAUCUGUACAACGAGAAAGGAAUUGCGCAUUUCCUGAAGACCAAGGACAGGAUAUCCAAGAUAAGCCAAAGGACUUAAGGAGUAGAGGGCUGUGCUUGGUUCCAGUAUCUUGCACUCAACAAGUUGGAAGUGAUAAUGGUGCUGAUUACUGGGCACCAGCUUUUGGCGGCGGGUUUUAAGGAGGCAAUUAACGUUUGAUUAGAUUGCAGCAACUGCUUUGCUUGAAGCAAUUUCAAUGGAAUGGAAUGGAAUGAUAUAACAUCAUGAGCAGUCACUCUGCUGAAUUCUAUAAGGCUGAUUGCUCAUGAUGCUAUUGCAUUCUCCACCAGAUGAUAAACUAUUGUUCUUGUACCUUGUUAUUAAUUUAGGAUAGCUUUGUAUUGUAGCUUUUCUUUGACCUAUGAACUAGAGCUUCGUCUAUGUGAAGUUCACUUCUAUUAUUGUUCAUCUACCAAAAAAAAAAAAAAGGAAAAAACUUGUUGGGAAAGCACCAUUCUUUCUUGAGCAAAGAAUCUUGACUCUCACAAAUGAACUAGCUCACUUCUUCUCUUU